AUGAGCUUUUUCUUUGCAACGUGGGUUCGACUGGCCAACCAGUACCCUGUUACGUUCAAUAGUUUCACGGGUGGAGCAUUGUGUGCUUCUUCGGAUGCCGUUGCCCAAUAUCUCGAAACCUCCAAGAACGAAAGCGCAUCGCCACACCAUGACCAUGACAGUUUAUCGUUUCGAAUACGACGAGUGGCUUCGGCUGGAUUGAUUGGUGCCGCGUUUGGAGGUUGGGUAUACCCCGCUGCUUACGCUCGGUUGGACAGGAUGUGGAAGGGCACUCACUUUUCGGCAGUCUUACAAAAGUCGGUUGUGGAAAUCUUGACAGUGGGGAUCUUUGUCAACUCGGUCAGCAUGACAUCCCGAGGUCUCUUGGUGGGACGAGAUUAUCACGAUGUGGCCCGACAUGUCGUGGCGGAAAUGCCCAUUGUGACAGUCAACGAUGCCAAAGUCUGGCUCCCGUACAAUAUGGUGGCGUUUUCCGUCAUUCCCGUCGCGAUACGGCCAACCACAACUCUCAUGAUGGAAGCAGGAUGGCAAACAUAUAUCAGCCUCAUGUCCAACAACUAUGAAAAGGAGGAGGCAGUAUCCACGGUCCAGACAACAACGACAACAACAAGAGAACAUAGAGAACCUCUAGUAGGAGGUUUGGUAGGGGAUACUGUGAUGGCAACUACCCCUCGGUGA